AUGGCCAUUUUCCUCGGUCGGCCUCCGCGGAUGCCACGCCAUUUCGGCGACUUUCACAUCCCUUCGGCUCCUGCGGGGACCAGCCACUGGGAUCUGUCUUCAGACCCAAGUGACAUCACUCCCGAUCGGAGCCCAGCAGCUGUCCCUCUUAUGUGGCUGAGUCACGCUGGUCUGCGUUGUGUGCAAGCCUCAAGGAAGAUAUCUUAUACCUGCAACGCGACAAGAAGAGCGACGAGUUCCAGCAGCAAGUCCGGUAUCUCCUUCCGGUUGGAGGGAAGCCUGAAGGAGACCACAAAAGACGGUGUUGAAAGGGACUCUCUCGCCAGCGUCCAGCUCAAUCACUUGCAUGUCCUGUUUCUGCUUCGUCUUGUGGUCCUACCCUCUCCUGCCACCCCCAGUCGGGAGCUUGUAACCCUCGCCGAGCAAAUUUUGGCCACUGUUGUCGCGUUAAUAAUCCUGCGCGACCAGCUCACAAAUUCGGGCACAACUCUGCUGUGGAAGAUCGUGCAUUAUGGCCUUCCUGCCGCGGGCAUCAUUCUCUUAGCCGUGUUGAACCAACGUUGUUCGUCCGCUCCGGUCCCGGCCCCUCAUCCACGGGCGAUCCAGAACCUGACUGUUUUGGCUGCGGAGCUGUCAGGUGGAUCAGUGGUGCAACUGCAAGACCCUAAUUACGAUCUGAUUUCCAGGGCAUUGUCCACGAUCCACAACAUGCUGGAUUCAAUUACAGCGGAUGCACUGCGGGGACCGGGAGCGCCGUCUCCCCGCACCACGACCCUCGCCGACUGGGAAGAAUUUCAAAGCCAGCUCUCGUGGGACUUGGACCUUAGGUUCUGGCAAAAUCUGGCCGAUACCCCAUUUUUGGGAGACUAAACGAGCACCUCACCCUGUUUCAAGGAAUGAGCAGGAGG